AUGUCAAAAACAGGCGUUAGUGAAGAUACUCAAGUGGUCCAGAAAUUGGAUGCUAUUUCCUUGUUUUGUUCAUCGAAGGGCCACGACGUCAGUUUUAUUACCAAACCACUUAAGGAAAAAUUACCAAAUGCCGGGAAAAAAGAGCUGACAAUAAUAGAUAAGAUAUGGAGUUUUGUGAAGGAAAACCAAGAUGGCCCUCCAGGGACCACUAAUAUGAUAAUAUCUGGGAUAAAGAUACUUUCAUACGUAUUCUCUGGCUUUGGAUUUGUGUUUCCACCGGCUUCACUUGUUGCUUACGCUUUAUCACUUGUUGCUUGCAUUCUUAAAAUUAUCUUUCAAAUUAUUGAUGUAAGAUCUACUCUUGCACCAAAAAUACUCAUGCAUGACGAGUUUUCACACGAACUUGGGGGUUUAGCCGAAAGAUUGAUUAACACAGAAUUACUCAUCCGCAAAUUAGAAGCAAUGGCUCAUGUUGAAGAGUCUGCCCUGAGUCAUAUUUUAUCUAACAUUGACCUACAUAUCGGAAUAGAUCAGCUAGGGAAUUUGAAAAGCCGCAUUGAGUUACAUAUGCGUGAAGGGCAAGAUAAUGCCGAAAAAAGUUUACAUUAUUUGACGUUAUAUGUAAGAAUCGCCACAUUACGACAGUCUCUGUUACUGCGAAUAUCAACUUGUUUAAAGGCAAAAGACUACAGUCCCACUACAACAGAUUUGAUUAAAGAUUCUAUUCAAGAUGAAAGAAAGAGAGAUAAACAUUACCUUGGCUUUCUGUCUCUUCCAUCAUUGAAAGCUGUAAGAAUUGCGGCAUUGUUUGACCCUAGUGAACACAAAGAACUUGCAGCAUACGUGCAAGAGUUGUCUUUACCACUGCAGGAUUUGGCGAAAGUUCUUCACGAUCGUGUUCUACUCAUAAAACCUCACACAAACGAUUCAAUUGUACUGGGUAGACCUUUUCUCUCUUUCAGUUCAGUCAGAGCAAUGAAAAGUACAACAGAAAGUACCAAUGUUCGAAUUAGAUUCAAGUUUUCCGUCAUAGAAAACGUUUUCAACGUCUUCCAUAUUCAAUCCCCAGACUUGCAUGAGUACAUCUACAUGAAAAUGGACGGGGAAUGUAAGUACUGCAAAGAAUCGAAGAAACCAGGAGGGGGUGAAGCUGAAUGGAAAAUUAUUCGUGUUCAAGAAAAAGAUGGACAACCAGAAGGUUCACCAACAUUUGUUCUCAGUACCAGAUCAUGGCCAUGCAGAUUUUUAUUCAUUGAAAAGUCUACACUUCAAUGUGCAAAGGGGUUCACAGAGGAAAAGAUACCAGACGAGGAUAUUUUGUUUAAAUUUGUGUUUUCAGAAGAAUCUACAAUUGAAGUUCCUGAACUUCUUUCCUCACUACAAGAUGUGGUAGAAAAUAAUAACGAUGAACCAAAGCAGGAGGCAUUCCUUGAAAAUCAGCAAGCCACUAAGUAUCGAGGGGACGAAACAACCAGCAAAUUUGAGAGUUUUCCUGCACUUGAAAAAAUAUGCUCCUUUUUUGAUGAGAAUGGUUUAAGAGCAAAAAGCGAUUUAAUUCGAAUUGAGGAGUAUUUUUUGAAGUCAGAAGACGAAUUAGUUCAUUCUCUUAAAGAAAUUGCCAGUAGUGUUGAAUCCAUGAAUGAUAAAACUCGCUGUGAUAUUAUGAUGUCUGGUGUAGCCAAAUUAAUUGGUUUCAAUCAUAGACUAUUUACCAAACCUUUUCCUUUUGCGUCAAUAUGUACACCAUUGUUGAGAAUAUGUGGUUUGAUUUUAAGUUCCACAUGGCACACUGACGGGAUUGACGAAUACGUGUGUGAUUCAAUUAGAAAUCAUUCAACUCUCAAGACAGCUAUUUCUAAAGAUAUCCGAUCCAUGGAACGCUUUGCAGUCUUUCUUCGAGGAAUUGAAAAUGCAGAAAACAUAUCAGAAAGAAACAUAAGGCAACUUAUAACAGAGGGAAAGUUUUGUGAAGAAAUUGCAAGUCUUGCAGAAACAAGAGGAAAAGUAUCAGAAACUGUCGAUCUUAUGAUAACUUUCAUGAGAAUGGCCAUCCUUCAGCUCGUAGUUCUAUGGCAGAUGUAUGCCUUAGCCAAAUUUCCUGGACACAGUGACAAAGAGGCAGAAACCCUGAAGACUGCCUGCUUCGCCCAGCUUCCACAACAGCCUAUGUCGCGGUGGUGGAUUAUGUGUGUUCGGUAUUUCCUGUACGUAGGGACGGCUUGCUUGGUCCAGCACCUACAUCAGCCUAUGUGCCGAUGGUGA